AGAGGCGGUUCAGCGCCGCUCCGGUCUGAGCGGCAGCAGCGAGCGGCGGCUUUAGGGGAGUAACGUUAGCGCUAUAGACACUGUGGAGCUGUGCAGGAACAGGCACGACGUAGCUAGAGAGAGAAGAGGAAAAAAGACCCAGCCAGCGGAACAAAUGAAAGCCACUCGUUCAUUCGGAUUAAUUCAAUCGAAGCGAGAAGCUGUUUAAAAGAAGCGGGAACCGGAGCGGACCGUGCCGGGGAGGAUUGGGACGAUAACACCGCCGAAUGCUCUCCGUUGCCCCGCCGCUAAGGUCGCUGGCUAAGAGAAACAGCCGAUAAUGCACGGCGGCAUCUGCUCCGGAGCCACACCCACUUCCUGCUUGUAGAGGAAGCGGCUGUGCCAGCAUGUCCUCUCAUCCCCAGUCCGUGCCGUCGGGCCGGAGGACUGUGGACACACGGCACCUGCCGAACCCCGCCACGCUACCGCUGCAGCUGCAACGGGCGCACACGGAAGUGGGAUUGGUCGAUUACCACCCUCAUCAUGCCAGGGACUACAGCACCCAUCUGGCCCAGCCGCAUCGCCGUCGACCUUCCUUACUGUCAGAGUUUCAGCCUGGGAAUGAGAGAGGACAAGAGCAGCAUAUCCGCUAUGAGCACAUCUACCUGCCGGAGCCCAGCGGCCAAUCGGAGGUGGAGUACGCGGACAUCAAGCGGCCUCGUUUGGACAUGGGACCCGAGUCUCUGAUGAGGCAGUCGUCCCACCGGCCACAGCUGCCUCUGGGAGGGGCCGAGGACAUGGCGAAGGAGCGUGGAAGCUCCAUGGGGAAACUGGAGCCGAUCUCCCCCGUAAGCCCGGUGCACAUGGACCCGGACUUGGAUCUGGUGCCGGCUCGCUUCUCCAAGGAGGAGCUGAUCCAGAACAUGGACCGCGUGGACCGGGAGAUCACCAUGGUGGAGCAGCAGAUAUGCAAGCUGCGCAAGAAACAGCAACAACUGGAGGAGGAGGCUGCAAAGCCUCAUGAGCCAGAGCGGCCCAUCUCACCGCCACCCAGCGAGGCCAAGCACCGCAGCCUGGUGCAGAUCAUCUACGACGAGAACAGGAAAAAGGCAGAAGAGGCUCACAGGAUACUGGAGGGACUCGGACCUCGGGUGGAGCUGCCUCUCUACAAUCAGCCUUCAGACACCAAGCAGUACCAUGAGAACAUCAAAAUAAACCAGGCGAUGAGGAAGAAGCUCAUCUUGUACUUCAAGAGGAGAAAUCAUGCUCGUAAGCAAUGGGAACAGAAGUUCUGCCAGCGCUACGACCAGCUGAUGGAGGCCUGGGAGAAGAAGGUGGAGCGCAUCGAAAACAACCCGCGACGCCGAGCCAAGGAGAGCAAAGUGCGGGAGUACUACGAGAAACAGUUCCCGGAGAUCCGCAAGCAGAGAGAGUUGCAGGAGCGCAUGCAGAGCCGCGUUGGGCAGCGAGGAGGCGGACUGUCCUCGUCUGCCGCUCGCAGCGAACACGAAGUCUCUGAGAUCAUCGAUGGGAUAUCGGAGCACGAGAACACAGAGAAGCAGAUGCGGCAGCUGGCAGUCAUCCCUCCCAUGCUGUUUGACGCCGAGCAGCAGCGCAUCAAGUUCAUCAACAUGAACGGACUGAUGGACGACCCCAUGAAGGUGUACAAGGACCGGCAGGUCAUGAACAUGUGGAGCGAGCAGGAGAAGGACACUUUCAGAGAGAAAUUCAUCCAGCACCCGAAAAACUUUGGUCUGAUUGCAUCUUUUCUGGAGAGAAAGACGGUGGCAGAGUGCGUGCUCUUCUACUACCUGACCAAAAAGAACGAAAACUACAAGAACAUAGUGCGCAGGAACUACAGACGCCGAGGACGAAGCCAGCACGGCCAGCAGCAGCAACAGCAGCAACAAGUUCACCGGGGCAGCCAGGAGGACAAAGAGAAGGAGGAGAAGGAGAAGGAGGGAGAGAGGGAUGAAGAAAAAAAUGAAGCUGAAGACAAGGAGGAUGGAAUGAAUCUUCGCCGUGCCUCGUCUGCGGUCGAUUAUUCAAUUAGCUGGGAUGACACCUCUGGAGAAGAUGCAGAGGACAAAGAGCCCACUGUGGCUUUCAAGGGUCGACGCACAGCCAACAGCCAGGGCCGCCGCAAGGGCCGCGUGACCCGCUCUAUGACCAGCGAAGUGGAGGAGACCACCACGCCGCCACUCAACAAUGAGCUCGCCAAUCUGGAAAUGAAUGAGAGCUCACGCUGGACUGAAGAAGAGAUGGAAACCGCCAAGAAAGGCCUUCUCCAGUAUGGUAGGAAUUGGUCCGCCAUCGCCAAGAUGGUGGGAUCAAAAACCGUGUCACAGUGCAAGAACUUCUACUUCAACUACAAGAAGAGGCAGAAACUGGACGAGAUACUGCAGCAGCAUAAAAUGAAAUCGGAGAAGGAGCGAAAGGCCCGUCGGAGGGGCAAAACCCCGCAGAAUGAGGAGGCCAGCGCCCCGUACACAGCGGAGGAGGAGGAAAUGGAGGGUUCAGGAGCCAGCGGCAAUGAAGAGGAGGCCCCCGAAGACGGAGAAGGUGGAGCCAACAACAGCUCUGACACCGAGAGCCUGCCCUCGCCACACUCGUCCGAGGACAGCAAGGCGAAGGAGGACGGCUCGGGCAGGUCAAAGGCCGGCUCCAACAGCGGCGACAAGGAGGCGUCCGGGUCCGACAUGGGCCAGGCCGGCGACGAGAAACCUCCCGUCAAGGAAGACGCAGACUCGGCCAUCAAGCAGGAGAUAAAGACUGAGAUGGGGGAGCCCAGCAAAGAGCAGCCGACGCCGCCCAGCGACGCCGCCGAUAAGAAACCUCCGAUAGCAGAGAGCGAGGACGUGAAGAGCUCCAGCAAGAGCUCCAAGAAGGACCACGGGGCCAAGACCGGCUCCCACGGGGACAGCGACUCCAGCGCCACCUGCAGCGCCGAUGAAGUGGAGGAGACGGACAACACGGAGAAGAGCAGAAUGACGUCUCCGCGGCCGAGCCUGCUGAACUACACUCACGACGGCGUCAUCUCCUCCCCGCUGCAGAAGCCCUUGGACCUGAAGCAGCUCAAACAGAGAGCCGCCGCUAUACCGCCCAUCAUGCCUGAAGCCUCCAUGCAGGCCGCUCAGCGUGGCGGUGGAGGCGGCAAGGCGGCGCUGCCUCCACAUGCUCUGGCGCUGUACCAGCAGCAGAUCACCAUGGCUCAUGGGGAGUCCUCUCAGGAGGUCAAACAGCAGCAGCAAGCGGGCAAACAGCAGCCUUACAACCCGCAGACGGAGCGAGACAGGGAGGCGCUUCACAGCAGCAGCCCGCGCAUUCGACCCCGCAGCCCCUCCGCCGGCGACAAGGAUGAGCUGGAAGGCAACGAGAGGUGGUUACUGACCCUCCUGCAGGGAUUAAAAAAGUCUCGGGCUUUCUCUCCGCACGGCGACGCCAAGAAGCAACAGCUCGGCCCCGACGACCUGAGGACCACCAACCUGGGUCGGCAAGUCCUCUCCCCUUACCCCAUGUCUCCACGAGACAUGGCCAAGAUCAGCCACAACCAGCACCAGCUCCACUUCAACUCGUUCCAGCAAGCGGGCCACCCGUCGCUCCCUAACCUGCCGCAGGAUGGUGGUAGGAUGGCAGCAGUGCGGCCUCUCACGAUGCCAGACCCACCGCCGCUCAUUUCCUCCACCAAGCCGGGAGGCUCCAUCACUCAGGGCACCCCGGUGCAGCUGCACAGCCCGGCUCACGGGUUGGACCACGGGAAGAUGCCCCCAACACAGAUGGGGGUGCCUUGGAUGGAUCAGAGGAAAAUGGCCGGUCCUUUCCCCGCCGUGAAGCAGGAGCAGUUGUCCCCUCGCAGCUCGUCCUUGCAGGCCGACAACCUGUCGACACAGGGGUCGCCGCACGACAGCGCUGCUGGACGCGCUUCUAUUCCAGCUGUUCAGGGGGGCAGCAUCACUAAAGGCAUCCCAGGGACCAGACUGCAUCCAGAUUCCUCAGUCUCCUACAGAGGGGGCUCCAUUACUCAGGGGACACCGGCUGACGUGCUGUAUAAGGGAACCAUAACCCGUCUGGUCACAGAGGACAGCGCGAGCCGAGCCGAGAGGGAGCGCGACGAGGCGCUGUCCAAAGGCCACGUGGUCUACGAGGGCAUCCACGCGCACAUCCUCACCUUCGACCGCUCGGCUUCUCAGACCCCGAAAGAAGAGGGCAGAGGCUCGGGGCAGCCGGGCGAGAUUCUCGGCCUGAAGCGCUCGUACGAGGUCAUGGAGGGAGGCAUCUCCAGAGGACUGCCGAUGAGGGACUGUGAAGGUCUGAUUAGUCGAACCAUGCCUCACGAUCGGGACAGUCCACAUCACACGCCGUACAAGGACGCUCAUCACAUCCGCGGCUCCAUCUCACAAGGUAUACCUCGUCAUCUGGACCCUCCGGACGGUUACGUGAGGAGGGAGCCUAAGCAGAUGAAGAGAGAGGGCUCCCCGCCCCGUGGGCCCGGCUCGCUUCCCGACUCCAUGAAGGGCAGAGAGGGCAUGGUGCCCACGGUGAAGGAGGCCGGGCGCUCCAUCCACCUCAUUCCCAGAGAGGAGCUCAGACAGCCGGGCAAGGAGGGCAUCAUAGCACAGGGAACACCCAUGAAGCAGGAGGCAGCUGGUUCAGGGAAACGUCAUGACGUCCGCUCCAUCAUCGCCAGUUCUCCGCGCUCCUACCACAACACGCCGCCACACAUGGAGAUGCGUGCCGAGAGGGGUCGCUACGAGGAGGCGCCAAAAGGGAGGCCCAGCGCGGUGGUCAGCACGGCUAGUACUAUAGCUCGCUCUUCUCCCCUCACGCUGGGGUCAGAGCAGGGCGGCAAGGCUCAUCACAGUCCAGUGGGCUACGAGGAAAAAGGCGGCAUGAGAAACCCGUAUCCUGGACCGUCGCAUCGCGGAUCGCCUCUGUCCAGAGAGCCUGGCCAAAGGCAGCACGACGGUUCCAGUAAGAAUCCGACCCAGGAGCGCAAAGCCACGCCGACCCCGCGGGAAAUGAGCGCUACCAAAUCGCCGCUGCCCGGCGUUCCCGAUCAGCAGACCUACGAGCGUCUGCUGCAAGGCCUCGGAGCUGCAGACGUGUACCGCCAACUCCCCUUAGCCUUCGACCCCGCAGCGCUGCCCCGUGGCAUCCCCAUCGACCCAGCCGCCUACUACUUGCCUCGCCACCUCGCCCCCAACCCGGCGUACCCGCAUCCCUACCCCUACCUCAUCCGUGGCUUUCCCGACACCGCGGCCCUGGAGAACCGUCAGACGCUGCUGAACGACUACAUCACCUCCCAGCAGAUGCACCAGUGGCCGGCGGCCGCCGCCAUGGCUGCCCAACGCUCAGACCUGCUGAGGGGUCUGACUCCACGAGACCAGCCCCUUCCUCUGCCGUACUCUGCAGCCCCACGAGGGAUCAUCGAUCUUUCUCAGGUGCACUUACCUGUCCUGGUCCCUCCCUCUGCAGGGGCAGCCGGCUCCCCAAUGGAUCGCAUCACCUACAUCCCCGGGGGAACCGCCAACUUCCCUGGCAGGCCUUACACCACCUCUCCCAUCUCACCCGGCUCCUCGCACAUGAACAAGAUGCAGGGCCAGUCUUCAUCUUCAGAGCGAGAGCGCGAACGUGACCGAGAGAGGGAGAGGGACCGCGAGAGAGACCGCGAGCGCGAGAGAGACCGAGAACGGGAGAGGGAGAGGGAACGCGAGCGAGACCGCGAGAGAGACCGGGAACGAGAACGUGAGCGAGACCGGGAUCGAGAGAGAGACCGAGACCGGGAGCGCGACCGAGAGAAGGGCAACAUGGGAAACGUGGAGCACGCCCCCAUCUGGAGACCAGGUACGGAGCACAGCUCGGCCACCAGCAGCAGCGGCGGCGUUAGACCUUCACCCCAACCGUACAGCCACCAGCACUCCCCGGUGUCCCCUCGUACCCAGGACAACGUGCAGCAGAGGCCGAGCGUCCUGCACAACACCGGGGGGAAACCCCUGUCCGUCAGCGAACACUCCAGCUCGUCUGUGUUUCGGUCCAUGCCCUCAGGGCCGACCCGCUACCAAGGUUACCCCGGCCACCUCCAAAGGACAGGCGUGCCCCCCGAGGCGUACCCGUCCGUCAUGGACUCGGGCGUGGCCAAAGAGCAGAGUCGCGACGGAGGCAAAAACAGGAGCGGUUUACCCAAACACAUGCAGGACCAACACGGCGGUAAAUCUGACCCCAAGCUGUCCAGUGCCAGCCCAGGCGGGAUAUACCCGGGUUCCUAUCCCUCGGCAACAAGCCGGCCGCAACACCUGCUGCCUCCCCAGUCGGAUAACCCUCCCGGCCGCGGAGAAAGCGGUACACCUAGUAGGGAAAAGACUCAAAACAAACCGAUGUCCAUUCAGGAACAAGAGCUCCGAGUACUCGGUAAGACCACCAUGACUGCGGCCAACUUCAUAAACGCGAUUAUUAUGCGUCAAAUUUCUUGUGAAACGGGGAUGCCAGAGACGGGCUCGCUUGUUGCCAGCGGCGCCACUGAUGCUCAACAGAAGAUGGAGCCUCUCGGCCCGUACCGUCCUCCGUCUGAGGAGAGGCUGUCCCCGGGCCAGCAGCCGCCGUCCCCCUGCGUUAAAGGCAGCCAGAGGGUGGUGACCCUGGCCCAGCACAUCAGCGAGGUGAUAACUAAAGACUACAGGCAGAGCCAGCAGCAGCAGACCUACCACGGCUCUCCGGUCCUGGACCUGACCCGUCCACCCAGUGCCUCCCAGCCUCCACCCACCUCACAGGAGUCGGCCCAGGGCUCCAGAUAUCCGGAGGGACUCGGCAGAGAACGCAACAGAGACCGCUCUCCUCCUCAGCCCAAGACGUCACCGGUUUCAAACGACGGCAUCGAGCCGGUGUCUCCUGCUGGAGCCAACUCCGAACCUGAAGUCCAGGGAGGGGGAUCGUACGCCAACGAGCCGGGAGAGCAAGGGAUGGGCUCCCGUUCACCUCCCAACGCCUCCCAGCCUCCAGCUUUCUUCAGCAAGCUGACGGAGAACACGUCGGACAUCGUGAGGUCGAAGAAGGAGGAGAUGAUCAAGAAGAUGACCGUGGUGGGAAACGAGGGAGAGUUCAACGCAGGUCAGCCGGGAACCGAGAUCUUCAACAUGCCGGCGUCGACGACUGCAGGACCCGUGAGCGUUCGCUGCCACCCGACUCCGGAGACGCCCGGUAACUCCAUUGGCCUGGAGGCGAUCAUACGAAAAGCGCUGAUGGGGAAAUACGACGAGUCCGAGGAACGAUCUCCGUCCAACGCUGCGAACUCGAUGAGUUCAGGCGGGUCGGGGAUGACCGACGGACGAGCCGACGACUUCUUCUCACAAGGCGGGGGAAAGUCCUCGAAGGGCAGCGGGCGCUCUAACGGGCGGAAGGCCAAAUCUCCAGGACCGGGUCUGUCAGGCGGAGAGAGACCGUCCUCUGUGUCCUCGGUCCACUCUGAGGGAGACUGCAACAGACGGACUCCUCUCACCAACCGGGUCUGGGAGGACCGGCCUUCAUCCACAGGUUCCACCCCGACCCCCUUCCCGUGUAACCCGCUCAUCAUGCGGUUCCCCAGCGGGACGGUGUCGGCUCCCUCCCCGUCCUCGGGCGGCCAGCCCGGAGGUCCGGGUCCCGGGUUAGGUCCUGGACAGGGCCGGUCCUGGGAGGAAGAACCCAAACCUCUGCUCAUGUCUCAGUACGAGACGCUGUCUGACAGCGAGUGACCCAGAAACAGGACCCCCGCUAACACACACACACACACACACACACACACAC